UCACUGUGAAAUGAAAAUCGAGUUUGCACUUGCACGUACUUACAUGGGUUUUCACGUAAAUUUCAGCGUUAAACUUGCAAUCUCGUGAACAUGAUCUAUUGUGAAUUAAUCCGGACUAACAUUGCCUGUGAUAUCAAUUCACAGAUCGUCUGAAGUCGGGAGGGAACACCACCAUGGACACAUGCAGUUUCCGCUUCACCGCCCCGGAAGGCGGCGCGCGACUCGCCACCACGGCCGGCGCGACCAACACCAUCGCCACCGACCACACCGCGUUCAUAGCUACAAGGUUGCUGCAUGAGGACGCUUAUAAGAUACGCGGCUCCCUACUAGACGGCUACAAGCGCUCAGUCUACGUCACCCGGCGGUCGCGCGUCGCGUGUGUGGCAUACGACCUCAACAUACUGACGGAUCUACUAGUCACCGCCGCCGUGGACUAUGAGGAUGUGUAUGAUUGGCACGCCGAGAUGGACAGUAAACAGGUCCUAGUCACGACAUCUGAAGUUAUGAGAAGAGUGUUAGAAGAAGAUAUACUGUCAAUAUCAGACAUGAAUGUACUCAUCAUUGACAGCUGCCAUUUGAUCUGCAAAGAUGAGAACCUCAAGUUUAUCAUGCGUUUAUACAGAGGCUCUGAGGAAGAAACUAAACCCAGAAUAUUAGCGCUCACCUACCCUCUCUUUAGUUCACCGAAAAAAUCUACCAAUGAAGCGUCAGAUAAAGCCGAGAAUGAACCAAAAAGUGAUCAAAUUACUCCAGAUUGUGAUAAAUUAACUUCCACCGACCCAACUGAAGAGAAACAAGAAAAGGAUAUAACGGAAAAUGAAAAAGUAGACGAUAGUAAUGAAGAAAUCACUAAAACUAAAGAAGUCAAAAAGCCAACAGAAGAUGCCAAAGUUAAUGUAGAAAUAGGUAGUGAUGUGAAUGCAAGUGAAAAUAAAGAUACAAACACAGUUAGCGAAACAAAUGCAUUUGAUAGUUUGGGUGCGUACGAAAAUGUUGAUGACUUUGACAUGUAUGAGAAGUUUGAAUGGAAAAUUGACGUUUUGGAGGAGGAGCUGUGCUGCAAAGCCGAUUUAGCUGAAGAUAUUGACGGCGGGAAAAGAUUCUCGUCCACAGUAACAAAGCCAAAGGAAGUGAUCAUAGAAUAUUCGUCACGCCCAGAUGUGACAGUUCUACAGGAGACCUAUCUAGAUCUGGAGACGUUUAUGAGGGAAACCGUCAAAGAUGGACAGGACUUCUUUAACGAGCAUAGAUACGACCCCACAGAAAUAUAUGGUGAUGAUUUGUACGAAGAGUUGAAAGCCAUACCAGACCCCACCAUAGAACCAAAAGACAUGCUGUCACAGUUCCUGUACAUUUUGGAUCAAUUAGGUCCAUACGGGGCGGACAAAGCGGCAUUUUCACUACUAUCAAGACUGGAGAAGUUGAAAAUCAAAAUCCCAUACGAACGCCAUUUUUUACUCCUCUGUGUUUGCACCACAAUAUUCCUCAAGAUCCGUAGCUAUGCUGAUUACGUCUUCUCGGCCUACGAAUCUGAAUGGGACAAAAUCAAAAUGUUUUCUACACCCAAAGUGUUAAGAUUAGUGGAAAUCCUUACCAAAUUCAAUCCACCAGAAAGCGUUUUAGCCACCAUUAAGAAUCUAGAAGAGAAAAAUUGUAAGAUAGAUGUGAAAAGUGACGAAAAAGUGGCAGCGAAAGAAGAUGUUGAUAAACAUGAUAAGGGAAUAAAAACAGAAGGUUUAAACGCACAUAGAUUGCUGAAAGAGUUAGAAGGUUGUGAUUUCAAGACUCUAAGUGACAAAAUCGAAGAUAAAGUAAACAUUUUGGAAAUGAACUUGAAAGAAUUAGAUUUGACAGACAGCAAACCAGCCACUGAUGCUGUAAACGAUACUCAGAAAUUAAAAGAUGAUUCGCACAAAGUUAAUACUGAUAAUGAUAAGAAUGUAGAAGAUGAUAAAGAUAAUGCACAAAGUUUUGCAAAAGGUCCCCUAUUUGGGUUCCCUAGGAGAAGUGGAAAUAGGAGUAGAGGGCGUGUCAGGAUUCCAAGAAGUAACACUAACAGGCUACUUCAAAUGCAGGCGAACCCCGACGCGCUCUGUGGUAUCAUAUUCAUGAAGGAACCGCUGAUGGCCAAAAUACUCUUCAUGUUGGUUGCUGUAAGUAUUGGUGCUUGCUUAUUUAAUGUUCGAAAUACAGGUUUUUACAUUCCUGCACAUUUUACACUCGUAUAUUAUCUCACACAGGACCUCUCGCGCCACCACCCUGAGCUCGGCUACGUGAGCUGCCAGUACUGCGCCAUCGAACAGCACACCGAGCAGAAGAACAAACAUGAGGAUGUGUUGAAGAAGUUCAGAAUGCACGAGUGCAACCUGCUGCUCGCGACGGCCACGCUGGAGGAGGGCAUCGACCUGCCGCGCUGCAACCUCGUGCUCCGAUGGGAUGUGCCGGUGUCCUACCGCUCCUACGGCUUAUGCCGCGGGCGGGCGCGCGCCCCGCGCUCCGCCUGCGCCGUUCUAUCGGAGGCUUCGGGCCACUGCACUGAGGCCCUGGCUCAUAGGAUGGCCACUUAUAGGGAGCUUGAUCAGAUAAUAAGUCGCAAAUGCGGCUGCGGCGCCCAGAACGAGCCGCCACAAACAGAGGAAGACUACGCGGACACAUUCGCAGCAGUCGUUAGACCGUACAUACCUGACGAACCUAACAGCACUGAUAGCAGUCCUACUCAUAGGGCUGGAAGUGUCAAAGCUAGUGGAAAAGAUGGGGAUGAUUGUGAAGAUGAAGUGAUAAGUGUUGAUGGGAGCCCUAGACGGAGGACUGACGGAAAAAAUUGUGAUGCAAGUGAUGAAGUACGCGAUGUUAUUGAUGAUGAAGUAAACAAAAGAUUUGGUGUCAAAGAAAACAGUAAAAAACAUGUGCCAUUAGAAAAUGCAAGAAGUAGACAUAGUUGUAACUGUGAAAGGGAUACAAUAAACGAAAUUAUAGAAAGAGACGAUCUUAAACACAAUAAUGAAGUUAGUGAUCAGUGUAAUAAGUGUCAAGAUAAUUGUGAAAAUGAAAAGUGUGGUUGUCUUUCACAGUUGUGUGAAAAAGUUAAUAGGGUAAAGUUUGAAGAUGUCAAAAUAAAAACAGAGAAUUCAACUGAUGGAGUCGCCAGUGUUGAUCUCAAUACGGCUAUAGCUUUGAUCAAUAGAUACUGCGGCAAGCUACCCUCGGACACGUUCACUCGCCUCACGCCCGCCUGGUGGGUCGAGGAGCUGCAGCUGCCCGCCAGAGGAGCCCUGAGGACGGCGCGAGUGUGCACGCUGAGGAUGCCGCUCAACUGCCCGAUUAACUACAAUAUUGUGGGCCACCCGAUGCCAACUCGCGCGCUGGCGCGCCGCGUGGUGGCGCUGCAAGCAGCCCGGGUGCUGCACCGCGCCGGCGAGCUGGACCACCAGCUCAUGCCUGUCGGUAAAGACAACUUCAAGCCGGGUGAAUCAGACACGACGCUACUGUCGGGCGGUGUGCUGACAGACGCGGCUGAUGGAGACAUGCCGCGACCGGGGACUACUAAGCGGAGGCAGUAUUAUUAUAAACGGACGGCAAGAGCGUUUACGGACUGCGAGCCGAUAAUAGACUCGACGGAUGCUGAAAUAGAGGCGCAGCCAGAAUACAUACCCAAGCCUGUAGCACAUGGUAACGCUACAACACUGUGGCGACAACCUCUUAACACAAAUUACACUGAAAAUUCAUGACCCCACGUUUCACACUCAGGCACAAAGCGCAACAUCCUGUACGCGAUCGCUUCGACCCUGUGCUGCCCUCUGCCGGAGCGCUACAACACUAGGGGCCGGCGCCUCCACGCCCCUCAGACGGCCGCCUGUGCGCUAGCUGUGCUGUGUGCUAGGAGCACGCCGCACUUGCCACUACAAAUCCCAGCGUUUCCCGUCUACACUCGUUCCGGCGAGGUGCGAGUCUCAGUGCAGUAUGUGCCGGACGCCGACGUGAGGAUGUCGCCGCGUCGGGGCAGACUUGUCAGAAGAUUCAUGCGCUUCGUGUUCGCGGAGGUGCUGCGCGUGCGCCGCCGCGGCAUGACGCUGCAGAGCGACGCCAGCAAGCAGAAUAAUUACUACAUCGUGCCUACUAUCAAGACAACAGCAGAAGACGGCACCAGCAAAAUAAACAUAGACUGGGCGUUCCUAGAACAAAUAUACCAGCACACAGAAGAAAACAAGUCUGAACACGACAACACUCAUCUGUGGCAGCAGGACGAAGAGGAAACAGACGGUUGCACAUGCAAGAAAAACCAUGAAGAUGGAACCUUUGUGGCAGAAACUGUUGGAAAGGUAGACGAAGAAAUAGAUAAAUGUGGUAAAAAGACAGAAAGUGCUGCUAAAGUUGACGAAGAAAAUGAUACAUGUAGUGAAAUAGAUAAAAAGAGCGUAAAAAAAGCAGAGGCUUUAGAUAAAACUAGUGAAGUUAGUGUACGUUGUAGUGAUAAAGUAUCUACAGUAGAUACUCCUAAGAUAAAAGAUUUAGGCAAAACAAAUGAAGUCUGUAGUGAAAACAUAUCAACUUGUACUAAAGUUCCAGGUGAAAUGACGGUUGAUAGUGAAAAUUGUAAUCUAAAAGAAAGUAAUGUAAACACUGACGUUCCUACAACAACUAAUAAAGCUGUGAAUGAACAAAAUUGCAAAAAAUCGUCUCUAAUGAUCAGUAAAGGCACUGAAAAUAGCAACAAUACUGUAAAAAACGUCAAAAACUCAGUUGUCACUGAUACAAAAGCCAUAGAUAGUAAAAGUGAAGUCAAAUCUGUAGCAGAUAUCACUUCGGGUAAUUCAAACCCUAAUGUAACAUGUGAAGACUCACCAACCGUUACCCCAAAAUGGAUCAUAACCGAAGACAUGGGCUAUAAAACUACAUUAAGGGUUGCAGCAGACGGAUGGAGCGUCAGGACCACCACUAGAAAUCACUCAUCUGGCAUAAAUAGAAAUAAAGAAACGGCUGUAGUCGUCUUUAAAAAGCCCGAUGUUAAACUGAAAGAAGUUACUACAGUUGCUUCUACAGACAAAAUUAUCAACAGUGAAAAAGAAACAGAAUCUACAAAUCAUGCAGUUGAAAAGUCAACCGGUAUAACUGUUUUAGAUGGUAAAAGUGUAAAAAAAGUAAGUGCCAAAGUGACAACGAUCACUGAUAGUGAUAAUUGCAAUGAAACUUUAUCAGAUGCCGUAAAUAUAACUAAAGAUAAUAUAGUCAUAUCCUCUGAAAAAAGUUCUGAAAUUCAGACAGAUGACCAUAUCACUGUAAAAACUGAGAAAUGUCACGAAGUUCCAAUAAUCAUCAGCACAAAUCCUAUCGAAGAAAAAAAUAUAGAAAUCCAUGAUAAAACUUCACAAGAUGGCGCCACAGACGAGGCUACAGAAAGAACAACCAUAGACAAUGAAAAUGGCGAAACUAUCCCGUUACCGAAACCGGUUGUCAAAGAAGUGAUCAAAGAUAAAGUUGUCAAAGAAAAUAAGGCAAUAGCAGUUAAAAAGACUUUCGAAAAUGUUACGAUUGUGAAGAAAAUGGAGAAUCCUCUGUUGAAACCGGGGGAAGUGUUUGUUUUUGACCCGGACAAGUAUAGAGAGGCUGUUGUCACACCGUGGUACAGGAACCAAGAUCAACCGCAGUUCUUCCUAGUAGCGGAGAUAUGCUGGAACCUCACCCCCGAGUCGGCCUUCCCCUCGGCCACCCACUCCAGUUUCAGACACUACUACUGCAGUAAAUACAAUGUGGAACUGACUCAAAGCAAGCAACCGUUGCUUGAUGUGGAUCAUACUAGUGCUAGGUUGAAUCUGUUGACGCCAAGAUACGUGAACCGCAAAGGCGUGGCCCUGCCAGUCUCCUCUGAACGAACUCGUAGAGCCAAGCGAGACCGCCUCGACCAGAAGCAGAUAUUAGUAGCGGAGCUGUGUAGAGUACAUCCCUUUCCAGCCCCACUGUGGUUCGCUACUGUGGCUCUACCCUGCGCUCUUUAUCGCAUAAACGCGCUGCUCAUAGCCGACGAGAUCCGGCAAGCGGUGGCCAUAGACGUGGGCGUCGGCAUAGCGGAUAUUAGUGAAGAAACCUGCCCCGGGUUCCAGUGGCCGCCGCUUCACUUCGGCUGGAGCUUGCAUGAGGUCCUCAGCGCUGACGAUAAAAUGGAAAGGAAGAAAAGCGAAGAAGGUACAGAACAAGAAGAGAGAAAGAAAGAAGUAGAAGAUGAUGGCACGGAGAAGACAGAAGGAGAUAGUGAGGAGGCUUCGGAGGAUAAGGAAAAGACGAUUAAUGAGUUUCUUCAAGAGAAACUAGAUGCUGGGCAGAUGGAUCCUGGCUUCGAGAUCGGCACGUGGACCAACGAGAUGGCUUCAUCGAUACAAGACAUAGACGAGCUGAUGGAACCACUGCCUCCUAACCUCACAUUCUGCACUUCAGCUUCAGGUGGAACAAACUGGUGCGAGAGUGUCCCGAAACCCCAGCGGAACUACAACCGAGCGUUCUCUAUGGCAGACAGCGACGACUCUUACAUGUCUAGUGACUUCGACACUGACGACUCGGAUCUCAACUCGGAGGGCAGCGACGACGAUGAAGACACCAGCGGCUUCUGUAGCAGUAAGAAUUCUAACGCGGCGAUGGGUGUGCGCAUAGAAUACAAGACGGCGCACGAGGCGGAAGCAGUUGACGUGGAGAGGAAGAAGAAGACGGCACUAGCGCCGCUGCCCGAUGAGGAAGACGAUGAGAGAGAUAGGUGCGAGCAGGACGACUAUAUGCGUGGCGGUGUCGCUCCUAAAGAGUACAUAGAAAAAUUCCACGCGUCAGUCGAAAACCACAAAGAGGAUAUCAGCAAAACCGGCAACUUAAUACACAAAGACGAAGACAUAGUUGAUAUAUUACCAGAACCGACUAAAGAAGCUGAAAAACUUUCAACAUUCGACAGAAAAGAACCAAAAAUAUUCGACGAAGACACCAGAAAACUGAUCGAAGAAAUGUUUCCCUACGGCUCAGAAGAAUCUUUCGACGUUUUGACAGCUGGAGGAGAUAUAACCAUAGAGAAUAUAGAGAGAAACAAACGCUUGCUACUGGCCGAAUGGAAAAAGAGACAUUCGGUUGAGGAAGCGAAAAAGCUGCAAUGUUUCUCUAUGGUGGAUGUAGAUAUCGAUGCUCCGGGUUAUGUGAAUGAAAAACUCGUGAAUAAAGGCUUUAGUGAUGAGAGUUUUCUGAAGAAUUUGAAAGUGAAUGAGGGUUUAAAGGACUAUACGGCGUAUUUUGAGGAGAAUAACUUUGAGAGUGGCAAAGAUUUCGAUUUUGACUACCAACCGGACUUGAAUGGGCACCCUGGGCCGAGCCCUAGCUUAAUAUUACAGGCGCUGACAAUGUCGAACGCAAACGACGGUAUAAACCUGGAGCGUCUAGAAACUAUUGGAGACUCGUUCCUGAAGUUCGCGAUCACAGCGUAUCUGUACUGCGCGCAGCCGAUCGUGCAUGAGGGCAAGCUCAGCCAUUUACGAAGCAAACAGGUGUCGAAUCUGAACCUGUACCGGCUCGGGCGCAACAAGCGUCUCGGCGCCCGCAUGAUAGCGAGCAAGUUCGAGCCACAUGACAACUGGCUGCCUCCCUGCCACAAACCACCGGCUACAAGGGAUGUUAGUUCUACUGGCAUAGAAGAGCAAGCGAGACGACCGGAUAAUGCGUCCGGGGAGGGUUGCUUCAUACCGUACAAUCUCAUCACACAACACAGCAUACCGGACAAGUCGAUAGCAGACUGCGUGGAGGCCCUCAUCGGCGCAUACCUACUGUCGUGCGGCGCGCGCGGAGCCCUGCUCUUCAUGUCGUGGCUGGGACUGAGGGUGCUGCCCCACCAUCUGAUGCCAGUAGACCCGCCGGGGGAGGAACCUGUGAAGCCUCCCAAACCGGCUCGCUCCCCUCGCUCCGACGCCAGCAGUUCUGAUGAGGAGGAGGACCCUCAGCCCCGCGGUGCCGGCAAGAACAGGAUCAUCGGGUCACUGCAGCCGUAUAGAGAUGAGAAUGGACAGUGGGUGCAGGUGGUAUUCGGUGAGCUGAAGGCGCCUCCGUCGCCGCUGCUGCGCUACAUCGAAGACCCAGAGGGAGAGCUGGAGAGGAUGCUUUCAGGCUACGACGCGUUAGAAGCGACACUACAAUACAGGUUCCGAGACCGCUCACUUCUCCUGCAAGCCCUGACACACGCGUCCCAUCAUCAGAACCGGUUGACCGACUGCUAUCAGAGGCUGGAGUUUCUAGGAGACGCUAUUUUAGACUACCUGAUAACCCGGCACCUGUACGCCGACAGUCGGCGCCACUCGCCCGGCGCGCUCACCGACCUGCGCUCAGCGUUGGUCAAUAACACCAUCUUCGCUACGCUGGCAGUACGGCAUUCUUUUCACAAGUAUUUCCGGCACAUGUCGCCGGGUCUGAAUGAAGUUUUAACUAAAUAUGUGAAGAUACAAGAAGAAAACGGACAUUCUAUUAGUGAAGAGCACUACCUGAUCCAGGAGGACGAGAUGGAGCAGGCGGAGGACGUGGAGGUGCCCAAGGCGCUCGGGGACCUGUUCGAGUCUGUUGCCGGCGCCAUCUUUCUCGACUCCGGCAUGUCUCUAGGCGCGGUGUGGGCGCCCUACGAGCGGCUGAUGGGCGCCGAGCUGGCCGCGUUCAGCGCCGCCGCGCCCAAGUCCCCCGUGCGGGAGCUGCUCGAAGCUGAACCCGAUACUGCCAAGUUUGGCAAGCCGGAGCGCCUGGCGGACGGGCGGCGCGUCCGGGUGUCAGUGGAGGUGUUCGGGCGAGGCACGUUCAAGGGCAUCGGCCGGAACUACCGCAUCGCCAAGGGAACCGCGGCUAGAUGCGCCCUGAGGCAUCUGAAGAAACAUCGGCCCCAUGACUAA